AGCGAGGCAAGAGCGUACACGUGAGCGCGGGGACUUACAAGGCAGUUGUGUGUCGAGCCGGUUGUAAGAUUAAAACAAGAAGGAGUAAUGUACAAUCGGUCAACAAGUAAAUUGUACACGAAAGAUAAGAGUUAUCUUUUUGGGCGCUACAGAGCUACAGGGCUGAACAUAGAAAGCCUUCGAAAUCGAAAAGGAAUGUUAAAACGAGGUUCGUAAGGCGAAAUCGUGCCGAGUAAAAAUGGGCGUGCGUUCGUGUAAAUGGGGGUUCAUCAUAAGUCGAAGUCCGCUGUGCCGUUUAUGAUUCGCUAUUUAUUGAAUGCAGGGCAGGGUGCAUUUCGGCGAGCCGUUGGAGCGGGCUUGUCGGACUACAAAAAACUGGCUAGUCCAGAAAAAGGCCGACAGGACCUCAACCUCCGCUGCUGCCAAACGGUGCGCUUGGGAGUGGUCUCUCCCCCCGCCGCACACCGCCCCGCGCCAAAGCGACCCUCGUCCCACGAAGAAAACGACCACGGUCCCACGGAGAAGCGACCCUGGUCUCCCGGAGAAGCGAUCCUCGUCCCGCGGAGAAGCGACCCUCGUCUCGCGGAGAAGCGAUCCUCGUCCCGCAGAGAAGCGACCAGUGUUCGCGUCAGGGUCCUCGGAAAGAUUCUUCCUGUGAGCCAGUCGAUCGAAGGGGAGGGUUGGGGCAUGUAAAGACGAGAAAAUAGAAAAACACGCGCAGAAAACGCCAAAAAGAACAAACGAAUGAUCUGCGUGUUUAAAUAUUUUUUGGUUUUUGAAUAACUUUUUUCGAAAAAGGUUUUUCGGAGGUUUUUUGAUAUUUUUGUUUAUUUUCAAAACGUUGAUCGACCAAAAAGGGGACAAAUAUAUACAAUAUCUACAAAGCUAAAAGUAUUUACACUGUACAUAGUCGGAGAAACGGACGGGC